UCUCUCUCAGUCAGUGUGUGUGUUUGUGUGUCUCUCCAUUCCUCUGUCACACUCCCUGACAGGGGAGAGGAGACGCGACGGGGCGGCGGCGGCGGCGGCGGGGUUCGACUCGAUGCCGAUGGUGCACAUCUGGGCGCGCGACUGACAGUCACACCUGGGAGAAGGAUUCUGAGCAGUUGCCAUGACCACGGAGACGGGUCCGGAGUCAGAGGUGAAAAACACCGGAGAGGAGCCCCCCCAGCAGAAGACCACCGCCACAGGAAUGCAAGAGUCCACUGCUGCCGCUGACGGCAGGACGGCCAAGCAGGAUGUCGACACCAAGCUUCCCGACGAGCACAAGGAGGUGGACGACACAUCGGAGAAGACGACUCCUAGCAAGACCCCCAAAUCCCCGCAGAAAUCGUCAAAAAGGCCAAAGACCGUACCCUUCAAGGUGACGCUGCUGGACACCUCCGAGUACGAGGGUGGAAUUGAGAAACACGCCCGGGGGCAACAGCUUCUGGACAUGGUGUGUGAGCAUCUCAACCUUCUGGAGAAGGACUACUUUGGCCUGACCUUCAGUGAUGCAGACAGCCAGAAGAACUGGCUGGACCCUUCCAAGGAAAUCAAGAAGCAGAUGCGCACCGCCCCGUGGCACUUUGCUUUCGCGGUCAAGUUCUACCCCCCUGACCCCUCGCAGCUUACUGAGGACAUCACCAGGUACUACCUGUGUUUACAGCUGAGAGACGACAUCCUCUCGGGCCGCCUACCUUGCUCCUUCGUCACGCACGCCCUGCUGGGGUCCUAUGCGGUUCAGGCCGAGUUGGGGGAUUACGACCAAGACGAGCACGGCGCUGACUACGUCAGUGACUUCCGCUUCGCCCCCAACCAGACGCGGGAGCUUGAGGAGAGGGUGAUGGAACUGCACCGUAACUACAGGGGGAUGACUCCAGCAGAGGCGGAGAUUAACUUCCUGGAGAAUGCCAAGAAGCUUUCCAUGUAUGGGGUGGACCUCCAUCAUGCCAAGGACUCAGAAGGGAUUGACAUCAUGCUGGGCGUGUGCGCCAAUGGCUUGCUGAUUUACCGGGACCGCCUGCGGAUCAACCGCUUCGCCUGGCCCAAAAUCCUCAAGAUCUCCUACAAAAGGAGCAAUUUUUACAUCAAGAUCCGUCCAGGAGAGUACGAACAGUUUGAAAGCACCAUUGGCUUCAAGCUGCCCAACCACAGAGCUGCUAAGAGGCUGUGGAAAGUCUGCAUCGAGCACCACACCUUCUUCAGGCUUGUGUCACCCGAGCCUCCCCCCAAAGGCUUCCUGGUGAUGGGCUCCAAGUUCCGCUACAGUGGGAGGACUCAGGCCCAGACGCGGCAGGCCAGUGCGCUCAUCGACCGGCCCGCCCCUCACUUCGAGCGCUCUUCCAGCAAGAGGUAUCUGCUGUCUCGCAGCCUGGACGGAGAAUUCUCCCGCUCAGCCUCUGCCCUCGGAGAGCACCAGGACGGCGUGUCCCCGCGCAGCGGCAGCGAGCGCACGCGCCCCCCAUCCGCUGCCGAGCAGAACCUCGACCCGAACGAGAGGCACGAUCACCGGGAGGGCGAGGACGCGGCCCGGGAGCCCGUUCAGGAACAAGACGGCGUCAUCACUCCCACCCGGAAGAAGGAGCUGAAGUUCCUGGACAAGUCCGAAGACGUCCUCCUCAAGCACCAGGCCAGCAUCAACGAGCUCAAGAGGGCCUUGAAGGAGCCCAACAGCAAGCUGAUGCAGAGGGAGAAGCGGCUGUCGGGAACAUCGCCGGGCGGAACCCCCGAGAAGAAGGCUCUGUCGGAACGAGUGGGGGGGAAGGAGCCUGUGAACGGCUGCAUUUUGGAGGGCUUCGUCCAGAAGACUGUGGUGGCAUCUCCCGAGGGUUCUGAGGAAUGGGUAUUGAUUGAGAGACAAGACACUAGUCAACAGGACCACGGGUCAAAGGAGGAAGAGAACCAAGCGUUCCCCUCUCCACCUCCUUUAUUUGCCGAUUCCCUUUGGGAAAGAAAGAAAGACCCGGAUAAAGAAAGGGACGUCACAAAAAUGAUUCAUAUUGAGGUCACAGGAGAGGAUGGUGAAGAGAAGGAGGUCCAGAUGGACAGUUUUCCAUCACCGCUGGUGUCUGGAAAAGCCAGAGUAGAACCCUCAGAAUUUACAGUGAAGGACAGCCGACACAGUGUAGCAGAAAUCCCUUGUUUGGACACCGGUUUGGAAGUUGCCGAAGAGAAGUCCCAAGACAGCUCACCUCUUCUGGAAAACACCGAGGCUGAAAGUGAGAAGGAAAUCUCAACUAGUGAGUUGACAGAGGAGCAGCUUUCUUACCAAGUACCGAAGGAGAAGAGACCUCAGAGCUUGAACUUAGGAAUGUCAACAGAGUUUGUGUAUGAGAAAGAGACUGUGUGCUCAGAAGAAUCAGACAAUGCUGAGAGUCCCACUGGACCAAGGACAGUGGUAGAUGAAGACAAACAAGCGGUCCAGAUAGAAAAUUCUGGUUUGGGAUCGCAAGGUCAGGAGUUCCUGUCUGAAGACUCGGUUCAGCAGAUUAAUGAUUUCAAGAAGCCAGAAGAUGCAGAGCACGUUGAAACAGUAUCAUCAAUCUCUCCGAAACCCAUGGAUGAAGACACCAUCCUUACAGUUAGUGAAAAUGAGAAAGGUGAAAAUCAGGUCAUGGGAUGUUCAGAUUCACCACCCCCCUUCGAUGAAACCGAUGUCCCUGAUGAUGCAGAGAAAUCAGAUGAGCAGAAGAACGAAGGUGCAGCAGAUGAAGGCAUAGCUUCUGAAAACGGUCUUGGAGAAGCAGAGGAGAGAGAAGCGCUUGUUGCUGAUGUGCGGCCAACUGGGAGCGAGGAGGGAGAAGAGCUGGAGCAAAGGUCAGAGAAGCUUGAGUUGGAUGAAGACAACUGGCUUGAAAAAGCAGGAGAAAGAACUGAGCUGGAUUUUGGAGGGGAAGAACUGCCCUUGACUGAAAAAUCAGAAAACGAAGAAGUCCAAGAGAUGGUAGAAGCAGAAUUAAGUGACAGCAGAAAUGUAGCAGCUGCAGCAGAGCAGGAGGACACUGCAUGCGGAGGAAAGCGAAUUUCUAGUAUAGAAGGCAUUCAGCCGGACAGAGUGGAGCUGAGGUCGGUUCAUAAAACAACAGUAGGGAACACGCAAAGUGAAAUCACCAGAAUCGUUCCCCUCAAGCCGGAGAGGUCAAAGAACUCGGAUUCUAAAGAGGAGACUUUUGGAGCCAACCAGCAAGUUGACACUCAUGCCGAAAGAGGAGGUGUCACAGUAGAACUGGCUGAAUUUGAGGAGCUGACGCUGAGGUCUCCUGACAGAAGGUCCAUAGUCACAAGUUCCCGCACGUCUCGGGAGGAAUCCAGCAGCUUGCACAUCAAGGAGUACAGGAAGGUCCACCAGGACAAAUUCGAGACGGACGAACAACCCGCUGGCGUAGAAGCGGUAGCAUCCGCUCAAGCGAGGCUACCGCAGGACAGCGGCCCUUCCCUGUCCGACCAAGCGACCGAGUCGGAGAUCCCGGUCACCAGCAUCUCGAAGCCCUCGGCAUCUCACAAAACUGCGCCGCCGACGCCCCCCCUCAAAACCAAAAAAGCCAGAGAAUCUGGGCUCAUACUUCGGAACAGCCGCUGCCGGGACGCGGGCCUGGAAGCCGCCACGAAGAAACACGCGGAGCCCAUCUCCACUCCCGCCAUUCACGAAGAGCCUCUAGACGAAGCCCAGAGGGAGCCUUGGGAGAGGAGGCCUGGCUCUGCCUCAGAGGACGACCAGGAGCGCGAGACCCUCUACAUGAAGGAGACGCACCUGGGCAUCGAGAGGAAGUGCUCCAGCAUCACUGUCAGCUCCACCUCCAGCCUCGAGGCUGAGGUGGACUUCACCGUCAUCACGGACCUCCACACGGGCGUCGAGGAGUUCUCCAAGGGCAUGUCCGAGCUGGGGGAGAGGGACCGCGUGCCCGAGGUGGGCCGCGAAGACUUCGAGGAGACGUCCCGCUUCUACUCGGCCCGCCUCAUGGCCAUGCAGGACAAGUCCCCCAUGGAUGACAUGCAUUCGGAAGAACCCAUGUCCCAUGAGCCCCCCGUCGCCAAAAAAGACCCCGGUGCCAUUAGCGUUGCCAAGUCGUUCAGGAAGUCUGACAUCAAGACGGAGGUGCAGCCCAACGGUUCGGAUGUCAUUCCCAGCGCUGCGGAGACCCCAGAGAAGGUGGGAGGAGACGGCGGCUGUCAGGAGGCCAAUGUCCCCAGCGCUGGCGUCACACAACCGGGAGAGUCUGGUAAUGAUCUGAGCCAUGGCGUGAGUACGGCAAAGGACGCCCAUCCCCCCAGCACAGAGAGCAGUUCACCUGUCAAGUCCAUCGCCUUGGGGAGAGAGGCUGCAGCAUCCCCCCUGACCGUUGCGCCGGAAAACGUCACCUCGGCGACCACGACUCACGUUACCAAGACGGUGAAAGGUGGUUACUCAGAGACCAGGAUUGAGAAGAGGAUCAUCAUCACAGGAGAUGAUGACGUGGAUCAAGACCAGGCCCUCGCCAUUGCAAUACAGGAGGCCAAGCAGCAGCAUCCCGACAUGCUGGUAACCAAGGCAGUGGUUGUCAGGGAAACGGAAUCUUCUUCCGAAGAGAAACGUAGGAAAUCGGAGUCCUGAUCAGCCGUGUGGACCUAAGCGGGCCCCCCAGGAAUGGGGACAGGAGAGGAGUGUGGCCCGCAGCUGUGUGAACCCUGCCAUGACUCCUCCCACAACAACAACAACAACAACAACAACAACAACAACACAACCCACUGUCUGCUGCCCCCCCUCCACCAGUCCACGUCCGCCCAGCUGUUCCAGAAUCAACAAGAAGAUUCCGCAUCUCCCAGACUGGCCUCCGUCCCGCCGCAGCUGAACACACUUCCUCUCCAGCCCCUCGCGCCAAAACUGACUGUGAGAUCGCCUCAAAGGCCCUUUAGGCCCCCCGCCCCCUGCCCCACGCCCCCACCACCCUCGCCCGUUUUCCAGUCUCCGCAUGUUGUGCAUUUGUCUUGGGGGUGCGUGUCCUGCAAGUGUCCUUGAACUCCCCCCCCGCGGGCUGAAUGCCCACACGCCUUGGCCCCCGGAUCCCCGGACAGAAACGCCGGACCGCGGUAAAUGAGAAAAGGCGUAAAUGAGCAGAUCUUGCUGUCCGUGUCCAAAGUCACACUUUUGGCUUUAGUGGAUGUGGCACAAAACGGUCAAAAGCAUCCAAAAUACCCGAAUUACAGUUCAAAGCGGUAAGACUCCGUUACCGAACCGCUGCUCUCCCGUUUUUCUGGAAGAAUCUUUAGGGUCACCCGGCUCCUUCUCCCUCUACGGCCAAGCGGGGGGGGUCGUCCCAUUCGCUCGGUCCGUGCCAGCGGCGUGGAAGGUGUUUGAGGACAGCCAGGUCGACGCAAACCUCAUUCAUGUCCACUUUCUGACUAUCGUUUCAAAAUACGUCUCCUUCUGUGUCCAUGAUUUGCUUGUAAAGGAUGAGGAACAAAUAUUUAUCCAUUAGAUAUACAAACCUCUUAUGCACGUUUGAUAGAAAAACUACCCGCAGGCCUCGAACUGUCGCCGAUCUCCAUGGGACGCGACGCCCCACCGGCAGCAGCACGUGCGGACGGUCCUGCCCUCCGUCGCCCGGGAGACGAGCCGACCGACCGGACACGCAGGGGGUCCGCGUAAUGCGGAAGACCGUUUCGAACGUGUUUGCGUUCCAAAAAAUCUGGGUUCCUUAUUUCGUGCCCCCCCCCCCCCCAACCCGCAUCACCCCGAUUUCUCCCACAGUCCAAGAGUCACCCUACUGCUAACACUUUCGUGGACGGACAAAUUACUGUAACGCGUAUGGAUUUGAUUUGGGGAGUUUGGAAAUGUCAGGAUGUGCUUUUAUGGUUUUGCUUUUAGUUAUUUUUAAUUUUAUUUUGUAUGAAUUUGGGAAUUGUAUUUAUAUGAAGUGGUGAACACAGACCCCCAGGGCUCUCCCUCCCACCCUGUACACCGACAGGUGAACCUCUUGUACAAAGUGGAGCAGCACAAGGCCCUAGAUGUGGGCUCUGGGACCUUGGCUCGUGGUGUACGUGAACACGAACACACACACACACACACACACACACACACACACACACACACACACACACACACACACACACGCGCGCAGAGCUGAUGAUAGUGGGACGCCGACUGAUCCGUGGACACACGACCUCUAGCGCUGUGCAGUAACUCCGUAAAGGAAACGUGCUCCAUCCUGCAUGACACACGCUGCAAUAACCACUCAGUUCUGCGCUCGACGCCCCGACCCGUAACGGCGAGCCGGCCCAAGGUCCGAGCGCACGCGCCGGGGAACCGCAAAACGCUGCAUGUGGAAAAAUUCUAUUAAAUUAAAUUACACGAGGGCGUGCCAGUAGGGCGUAGGAGCACGGCCGCACGUGACUGUCAUGUGUCCCACGAUGACCUCGUGCUCCCCCUUGGGCUCGUCUUACCCGCUAUCGAACCGCGUCUCUCUCUGCGAAUCCGACGCUCCGUCGAUUCCCGCGUGCGCUCGGUCGCGGGACGCCGGAGCCCCCGGCCGCGGUCGAGGCCCCGGGGUCGUGCCGAGCGGCGUCGCUGUCAGCAAUGAUACCGUAGAACCGUCUCCGAUUCCGCCUCCGUUCUCCUCCGAAAACAAACAAACAAACGAAAACAAAAAACGCUCCCGACUAUCUUCGGCCCGCAGAAAGAGAAACAGUUGCUAUGGUUUCAACACACCGAAACAAGACGGCCUUUAUUUUGCUUUCACGGCUAAACGUAUUUACUUGUAAAUAUUUGCCAGUGAUAGCGAAAGUAACAAAAAGUGAAAACGAAUGAAAAAUUUUAUGCAGCUCGACUGGUGGGGUACAUGUGUUUUAUUUGCUCUGUAUUGUCAGAAAAACACAGAUUUCGACAUUGACUCUCCUAUAAUGUUCACGGGAAUUGGCCUCGAAUGCGAUCUUUUUUUAACCGGCCUGUCGGACAACGUCCUUUACACUGGGACAACCGCGGUAAGCAACGCAUACCCCUCAGACAGCCUGUCUGUCCCGGUGACCGGUUUCAAGAGCCACCGACAUACGGCCUCGAUCAUUCCGCCGCUCUCUUCCCCCCCGUGGAUAUUUCACCACGCGAUUCUCUGAUCGUUUCAUCGCGACCGAAACCUCUUCGUUCCGUUGAACGCGGCGGCCGGCUGCUUCUCCCGUACACGUAGACGCGUCGCCUCCCUCGCCGCCCUGCUUCUGUUUGCCGUCGCUCCCUCUCCCCGUGUUCCACAGAGCAGGUCACUCGGGGGAAGUGGACUGGUGUGGAAACGGAGUCCUUCUAUUCUCUGGGCCCAUUUAACUGGCUGCUGUUGGAAAGGACUGUUACUGUACAAAGUCACUGUGCUGUUGUAUUAACAAUGGGUGCCUUAACCGCCCGAGUCGCAUCGCAGUUGGCAAAAUGGACUUUGUGAGCGACCUGCAGCGGUCAGACACCUGAGAGCAUCUCCAGUGGCUUUUUUUUCUCCAAGGCAAAGGAAGCUCUGACCCAUCGGCACUACGGACACUAAUGGGGGCUGCCGAUGGACUCUUUGGCCUCGGCCGCAGACGGGGGCGGGGGGGGGCGCCGGCCUCAGCGCCCCGAAGCAGACGAGACGUCUCCGAACCCGGAGAGCGCUCGUUCUGGGAGAGGACGCCGUAUCAUUGCUGACGGUUCGAGUCGUCCCACGUGGGCGGGGUCCACGGCACACCGAGUUUGUACAGCGGCUGCCCCAACCUUUGUGAACUUCAGCUACAAACGUGUCUAAUUUAAAAAAAAAAACAAAAAAAAGAAAAAAAAAGUCAUACGGUAGAUGAAAACGAGUACCAGUGUGACUAUCGCUCUGUGCACGGCUAGUAGAAGCGAUGACCGCCCUUACAGCCCCCCCACCCUUUUCGAGUCAUCCCGCCCUUUCGCUCCACAUUGCCCCCUAGUGCUUGGUGGUGUGUGUUUGCUGUAUUUGCAUUGAGUCUAAGUGGAAAUAAAUAAAACAUACUUACAGAUUAAUGACUGCCUCUGUGCCGUGUGUGUGCUUCUCUAACCUUCAAGUGUUUAGAAAGAACACACACACAGGUUGAUGAUUUUGAGAGGAGCCGCCGAGCCAUGAAUGGGUAAUAGUUUUUCAGCGCUGAAAUUUAUGUAACCUCUGCAUCGCUCU